CUGAGAGCGGAUCACGAAAUCGCUGACAAGAAUUGGCUUCGCUUCCGUGUUUGAUAGCUGGAAUUAGAAUGGCCAGCAGCCCAGGAAGUGAAGCAGCUGUCUCUAAUCAGAAAUCUACGCUUUCAGAGAGUUCCCGAACAAAGAAAUGUCCAUUAACCGAAGAGGAGAUGUUUUAUAUGACUUGUAGAGCUGCCUACCUAAGUGUUUUCAAAAGCAGCUUAGAAAACAUUAUUUCAAAAGAGCAACUUUAUUUAGCUCUUCAGCAUGCAGGAAGAAACCCAUCUCAAAAAAUCAUUAAUAAGUAUUGGACUCCUCAAACUGCAAAACUGAAUUUUGAUGAUUUUUGUAUAAUUUUAAGGAAGGAAAAACCUACUUCAAAAGCAGAACUACUAAAAUCAUUUAAGGAAUUAGAUGUAAAUGAUGAUGGCUAUAUUUUACAUACUGACCUGUAUAAAAUUCUAACAAAGAGAGGAGAAAAGAUGACUCAAGAAGAAGUAAAUGCCAUAAUAAAUUUGGCUGAUGUAAAUGCUGAUGGCAAGUUUGAUUAUAUCAAGUUUUGUAAAUUAUAUAUGACAACCAUUGAACAGUGUCUCAAGACUACACUAGAAAAGCUGGAGGUUGACAGUAAACUGAGGCGUCAGCAGUUUGGAAGCCACAUUGAGGUCUCCCCUGAAAGGGACCCAUGUCCAGUACCAAAACCGUCACCUAGAAUCUUGAGACAAACUCACCAGGAAACAUUUUCAAAUAAAGGUGACACCAGGAAUUCUUUACUCUCAACAGCUAGAAAGUUCAAAACUUCUCUUUCCUUCACAAUGACCAUGGGUGUUAAUAACCAAAACUCAACGUUAACUGAGCCGAAUUCACUAAAGGAGUGGCAAUGCACACAAUCAAAAGGUUGCUUCUUCUUAGAAGAAGACAGUGAAAUCAUUAGUCAUCAAUAUAGGAUGCAAAUAUCCCAGAGGUCCAUGGUUUAUCUAAUAAUUAAGCCUCUAAACCUGAGUCAAGUUGAAGGAAAACCAUCCCCUUGGUUAGCAGUUGAUACUACUUUGUAUAUUCUUAAAGAGAAUGAAAGUCAAACAAAUCUGCAGCUUGUGUGUUUUACUGAACUACGAAAUAGAGAAGUAUUUGGGUGGACUGGCGAACUAGGACCUGGAAUGUACUGGCUAAUUCCAUCCACUACUGGCUGUAAACUGAAGAAAGAAAGAAAGCCAAUAACAGAAGAAGCCCAACUUGUAUAUAGGGAUGAAAUGGGGAAAUUAUUACUUACGAAGGCUUUUAGGUCAGCUCUGUCAGAUAUAUUUGACGUUAUUGAUUUAGAUGGAAAUGGUCUUCUUAGUAUUGAAGAAUAUAAUUUUUUUGAACUGAGAACAAGUGGUGAGAAAUGUGAUGAAGAUGCUUGGGCCAUCUGCAGAGAGAAUUUUGACACAAAGAGGAAUGAACUAACAAGACAGGGAUUUAUGGACCUGAAUCUAAUGGAAGCCAAUGAUCGAGAAGGAGAUCCUAGUGAUCUUUGGGUGACACUACACUCAAUGGGAUACAAUCGAGCUCUGGAGCUGAGAGAGGCAUGUCCAUUUAUCAUUGAUAUCUAUGCAGAAAAAUGCAAGCCAAAAAUUAAAGCUGUCCAUCUGGAGGCAUGCAGUGGGCAACUUGAAAAGGCUAUUUGUAAAUCUGUCCUUAAUAAAGGCAAUGCUAGAGUAAUGAAUGGCUAUGAAAAUAUAAUUGUUCAUACCUACAAGUGUGACACCUGGAUAACAUCAGUUAUUGAAAACAAGUCAGAAAAUAAAGUGAUUAUUCACAUCAACAAUGAACUAAGUAAAAACUGCAUAAACAACAGAGGACUGAACAUAUUUGCAGUAGAAGUGGCACCAAAAUCCACAAUGGUUUGUCAACAUGUAAUGCCUCUGAAUGAACAAGAAGAAUGGGUAUAUAAUUGUGCGUAUUCUCUUGUAUCUUAA